AUGGAAGAGUUAAUAGUUGAACUUCGUCUCUUUCUGGAGCUCCUGGACCAUGAAUAUCUAACGUCAACCGUCAGGGAGAAAAAGGCAGUGAUCACCGACAUCCUGCUGAGGAUACAGUCAUCCAAAGGUUUCGAAGUGAAGGACCAUGCUCAGAGGCAAGAGACCCCCAACAGCCUGCCGGCUCCUCCCCAGAUGCCUUUGCCGGAGAUCCCUCAGCCGUGGCUGCCACCUGACAGUGGGCCGCCACCGCUACCGACGUCAUCUCUCCCGGAAGGUUACUACGAGGAAGCCGUGCCGCUGAGCCCUGGGAAAGCUCCAGAGUACAUCACGUCAAAUUAUGACUCGGAUGCGAUGAGCAGCUCCUACGAGUCGUACGAUGAGGAAGAGGAGGACGGAAAGGGCAAGAAGACGCGGCACCAGUGGCCGUCCGAGGAGGCCUCCAUGGACCUGGUGAAGGACGCCAAGAUCUGUGCCUUCCUGCUGAGGAAGAAGCGCUUUGGGCAGUGGAGCAAGCUACUGUGUGUCGUCAAGGACACCAAACUGCUGUGUUACAAAAGCUCCAAGGACCAGCAGCCCCAGAUGGAGCUGCCCCUCCAAGGCUGCAACAUCACAUACACCCCGAAGGACAGCAAGAAGAAGAAGCACGAGCUGAAAAUCACUCAGCAAGGCACGGACCCGCUGGUUCUUGCAGUCCAGAGCAAGGAGCAGGCCGAGCAGUGGCUGAAGGUGAUCCGAGACGUCUACAGCGGCUGCAGCGGGCCGGCGGAUUUAGAAGGUCCUCCCCCGUCGAUCUCUCCAGUGCACAAGACAGAGCUCGAGAAGAAGCUGUCUUCUGAGAGACCCAGCUCGGACGGGGAGGGCGUUAUGGAGAAUGGAGUUGCUGUGUGUGAAGGAAAAGAACAAGUUAAGAGGAAAAAGAGUUCCAAAUCAGAGGCCAAGGGAACUGUGUCCAAAGUCACUGGGAAGAAGAUCACCAAGAUCAUCGGCUUGGGGAAGAAAAAGCCCUCGACAGAUGAGCAGACCUCAUCCGCGGAGGAGGACGUCCCCACCUGCGGCUACCUCAACGUGCUCUCCAACAGCCGUUGGCGGGAGCGCUGGUGCCGAGUCAAGGAUAACAAGCUCAUCUUCCACAAGGACAGGACCGAUCUCAAGACCCACAUCGUUUCUAUUCCUCUGCGCGGCUGUGACGUGAUCCCGGGCUUGGACUCCAAACACCCCCUGACCUUCCGACUGCUUCGCAACGGACAGGAGGUGGCCGUGCUGGAGGCCUCCUCUUCUGAGGACAUGGGCAGAUGGAUUGGCAUUUUGCUGGCCGAGACGGGGUCCUCCACAGACCCUGGGGCCCUGCACUACGACUACAUUGACGUGGAGACGUCUGCGAACGUCAUCCAGACGGCCAAACAAACCUUCUGUUUCAUGAACAGGCGCGGCAUCUCUGCCAACCCGUACCUGGGGAGCACCACCAACGGCUACGCGCACCCCAGCGGCACGGCGCUGCAUUAUGACGACGUCCCGUGCAUUAACGGCUCGUGGGACCCCGAAGACCGCCCUCCUGCUUCCUGUGCCAGGGGCCUGGGAGAAGAGGUGCUUUAUGAUCACGCGGUCCUGUACGAUAACUUGCCGUCUCCGAAAAUCUUUGCGCGCUACCCGCCUGCUGACAGAAAGGCUUCUAGGCUGUCUCCGGACAAACUGUCCUGUAACCAUUACAAAUACCCUCCCUCCUGCAGUCUGCCUCCCACUAACCCCUCUUCUCUGGGGAGGGCGCCUCUCGGGCUCAGCUCUCAGUUGAAGGGUAAAAAGCCCCCAGUAGCCUCCAAUGGGGUUCCGGGAAAAGGAAAGACUCUGAGCGGCCAGCAAAAAAAGGUGGAUUCGGCAGCCGGCGUGAAGCGAACAUCUUCAAAUGCUGACCAGUACAAAUAUGGCAAGAACCGGGUCGAAGCCGAUGCCAAGCGGUUGCAGAGUAAAGAAGAGGAGCUGCUAAAGCGGAAGGAGACGCUGAGGAACAGGCUGGCCCAGCUCCGGAAAGAGAGGAGAGACCUGCGAGCCGCCAUCGAAGUGAACGCUGGCAGGAAGACCCAGGUGGUUCUGGAAGACAAGCUGAAGAGGCUGGAGGAGGAGUGUAAGCAGAAGGAGGCGGAGCGCGUCAACCUAGAGCUCGAGCUGACGGAGGUCACGGAGAGCCUGAAGAAGGCCCUGGCCGGCGGGGUCACCCUGGGGCUGGCCAUCGAGCCCAGGUCGGGGACGUCGAGCCCGCAGUCUCCAGUUUUUAGGCAUCGGACUCUGGAGAGCUCACCCAUGUCCAGCUGCGAGACCAGUGAUGCCGAGGGCCCGGUGCCGGUGAACAGCGCGGCCGUGCUGAGGAAGAGCCAGCCGGCGGGCGGCUCCCCCUGCCGGGGGCAUGUGCUGCGGAAGGCCAAGGAAUGGGAGCUGAAGAACGGGACGUAG